AAGUGUCCAUGAAGUCAAAAUAUAAGUUAGUCUGAACUGAUGUAUCUUUAUUAAUAAAAUACAGAUUCGAAAGUCUCACGCUUCUAAGUGCCUUUAUAAGCGAGAUAUCCACGGUUAAAAUUGCCGAUUUUCGCACCUGCUCAAAACCAAUCAGCGGCACUUCCGGUUUUACUAUAUAUAGCGAUUGGGGUCUGUGACGUCACAACACAUCAGUUUCAAAAUGGCUAACGUAAGACAUAGAGAUAGCAGAUCGUCAACUUCUUCCGACAUCGGACUUCACAUGUCGUUUGAAGUCUCAUCUUGUGACGAUAGCGACGGAGAAGACCUGCAGGACAUUGUUCCUUACCAGUUUGAACCUGAGGCUUCUGAAUCGAAUGAAAGCGAGCAAGAUUCCUCGCUUGGGGGAAGCGACGAAGAUCAGCCGAGACUGGACAACACCGAUUGGUAUAUUGAAAUUAACUUUGAUAUAGCCUGCUUACAAUUUUUUCUACUCCAAAACUUUAUUAGUUUUCAAAAAGUGGUACAUUCUAAAUAAACGAAUAUAAAAAUUCGUUUCUUUAUCUGUUUUUAACUGCUUAAAUCAUUUUAACGAUAGAACAUUCUAUCUAGGGUAUACAGUAUAUAUCUAAUGGACAAGCGGAUAGUCGUGUAUCCAAGCCGUAUAUUUUCUAAUAUAUAUUGUUUAUUGGCUUCAGAUUUGUGAGUUACGUCCAUAACAACAGUAACAAAAAUACUAAAUACCGUUAAUAAUAGAAUCUUGUAAAUAAAGAUAAAUAUUUAGACUUGCAUAGACACGGAAUUUGUGUAUAACUAUAUGAUUUGUAGGUGUACUUAUGGAUACUGUGUACUAAUGCCUACACAGAGGGAGAGCAUCUGCUGUUGUGAAAUUGACAGAGUCAACAGCAAAAAGGAUUCAUCCGACCGAAAGCUUUCCUGCAUCACUCAGCAUCCUGGAUUCUCAUCGGUGUGCCUAGAUGUGUAUGUGCUUGAGACAGCCUACUAUCAGUACCGCUCCCAGUAUGGAGAAUUACAGACCAGCAUUGAAGAAAGGAACAGAUAUACAUCAUAUCGACAACUUGUGCGCUGGUGCUGGGGCUACCUUGGGAAAAAUGUCAGAGUCCCCUUACCAUCUUGUGCUGUUCAAAAGAUAAGAGCUGCAUUUCCAUCUGAGGACUAUGAGGGUUUCAGGGACCCACAAUAAUGCAGGUAUGUGCAAGAAAUGCAUUUUCAUUUUAAAUUCAGCCCUAGUUCUCUACUUACAAUUUGAUACAGCUGAAAAAUCAAAAUCUAAGUCCUUGAAAUUACUCAAUUUUGGGGGUCUCCGUGGCCGAGUGGUUAAAGCAUCACAUUCAAAAUCACACAGCCUCUGGUCGGCGCGAGUUCGAAUCCUGCUCGCGCCGGUAAGUGAGAAAGUUUCCCAGUUUACUUGCGGAAGGUCGGUGGUCUCUUCAAUAAAACCUGGGCGU